AGGUAACUUACCGGGACGAAAUGCGGCGAACAGUCAUAGCGCUUGCCACGCUGCUGGCUCUUGCCAGCAGCGUAGCAGCGGACAACAUUAAGUUGCAGCAAGUUGAUCGGAAGAUCAACCUGAACUCUCAGCUUGCACGAAUUACGGAAAGCGUGAAGGUCAAGAACGUAGGAACUGAGCCCGUUUCUGAUGUUAUUUUCUGCCAGCACGUCGGUGCGGGUGCUGUUCUCUCGUUCUAUAAGGUCGCAGAUGCGUCCACCAAGGGGAGCCUGGUGGUGUCUCCUACCACGGUGGCAGGCGCGCCACCCGCAACUGUCUGCCAUUCCGCCAAGCUGGCGAAGCCGCUGCCCGCCGGCGAGCUGACCAGCUUGACCGUCAGCGCGGUGCUGGCUCAGGCACAGACCGCCCACCCCGCCGAGGUGUCGCAGAUGGACACGCAGCUGAUGCUGUUCAAGGACAACGUGUACGUGCUGUCGCCGUACCCGGUGUCGGCACAGACCACCGAGGUCACCACCCCCACCAGCAACGUCAAGUCGUACACCGACGAGAAGCCGGUCACCAAGUCCGACAACAAGAUCAAGUACGGCAAGUACGAUCUGAUCAAGCCCUUUACCGUACGGCGGCUGUCCGUACACUUUGAGAACAACAAGCCCUUCAAACAUGUGCUGACCUACGUGAAGGAGAUCGAGGUAUCGCACUGGGGCAACAUCUACGUGGAGGAAAAGUACGAGAUCAAGAACGCGGGCGCACGGCACGCGGGCUCCUUCUCGCGCCUCAAGUACGCGCACGCCUACAACGGCAAGGGCAACUCCUUCAGGGACCUGCGUGCGGUGCUGCCCCCCUCCGCGCACUCGCUCUACUACGUGGACCUCAUCGGCAACAUCUCCUCCUCCAACGUGCGCAAGACGCCCGCAGCGACCUACCUCGACUUCGAGCUGCGCUACCCGCUGAUGGGCGGCUGGAAGGAGGACUUCACCAUUGGCUACAGUGUGCCCCUCACCGGCUUCCUGUCGUACACCCCGGCUGGCAAGCGGCGGCUGACCAUGGAGCUGGCCUCGCCGCUGGAGGAGGUGUAUGUGGAGGACAUGGUGGUGCGGGUUGUGCUGCCCGAGGGCGCCUCCGACAUCCGCGCCAUCCUGCCCUUCGACAUGGAGCAGAGCUUCGACAAAAAGUUCACCUACCUUGACACCAGCGGGCGGCCCGUGCUGGUGCUGCACAAGGCCCACGUGGCGGCCCCCGAGCACUCGGCGCGGUUCAGUGUGGAGUACAGCUUCGGAGCGCUGCACACGCUGAGGGAGCCGCUGCUGCUGAUCGGUGUGUUCUUCGGGCUGUUCGUGGCGGUGAUCGCGUACAACCGGCUGGAGUUCACCAUCAGUCGGGACGACAAGUGGGCGGCGGCUCGCGACAAGGAGGUGCUGGCGGCCUACAUGGAGCAGAUUCAGGCGGCGCUGGAGGACGAGGCCUCCCUGCUGUCCGAUCUGGCCAAGGCCGCCAGCCGGGUGCGUGACACGCCGGACGUGGAGGUCGCCCAGCGGGAGCGGGCGGCGGUGGAGAAGCGGCUCAAGGGACUGGAGGACAAGGUUGCCCCGCUUGUCGCUGCGGUGGAGUCCCGCUCCGCGCGUGUGGGCGCGCAGGUGCGGGAGGUGCUGGAGCGCAGCCGCGGACUGCAGGGCCGCCACGCCAAGCAGCUGGCGGAGCGCUGCGAGCUGGUCAAGAAGGGAGUGGCGGGGGCGGAGCUGACUCGCAAGCUGGCUGCGGGUCAGGAGGCGCUCGCGGCGGCUCAGCGUGAGCUGGAGGCGGCCAUUGAGACGGUGUUUGGAGCCUACUGAGCGGCUGACCGGGGGGGG